UUGGCCGUGAACAAGUGCGACUUGUAGUUCUGUUUCCGAAAUAAACGCGCGUUAUGAUACUUGCAGAAGCCAUCGGAAUGCAGAUUACGAAUUUCCAUCGUGUGUAUUAUGCUCAUUGUAGACUGUUUUUCUCUGUAGUGGUAUAUCUCGUUCGGCAAUGAAAACAAAAGAAGCAAAUGGCAUCGACAUGAUUGAUAGUGAAAAAGUGAUAUUCGAGGAUGUUUCUUUUAUGUUCCGUCAUGUGAACGGUUUAUGGACGUAGGUGGUAUACAUUGGCGUAAAAAAAGGAGGAAGAAGAAAAAAAACAAAAAGAAAGAAAAAAAAGAAAUAAAAUAAAAUAGAAAGAGAGAAGAACCGGUGUGACGACUUUCGGAUCGUCUGUUUUUGUGGUAAUAGGAAGGAAAAGAAAAGAGAAGAAAGAAAGAAAGGAAAAGGUAGACAGAGAGAGAGAGAGAGAGAGAGAGAGAGAGAGUGGGAGUGGGAGAGAGAGAGAGAAACGGUCAUAAAAAAAAAAAAAGAAUUAGUUACGAUUGUAUAUGCGGCGCACGCGUACAUAACAUAUACACAUACGUGAUUUUCCGUAAAUUAGCCGCAUAUAUGACUAUAUGUUACAAACGAUACACCGUAGAAACGAUAUGUGAGAAAAAAUUUAAGAGACUUUUACUUCAAGCGAUCUUACAAUAAUCAUCGUUCGUCGUUUGGUGCUGUUUACGUAUAUAAAGUUUUCUUCUUUUAACGAGAUACGAAAGACUGGGGGGGGGAAAAAAAAAAGAAAAAGAAAAAUAAAAAAGAAAAAAAUGUUAAAUCAAGCGGUCGUCGAGGCUCUAUAUUCAGCUACAUACAUUGAAAAUUAUUUGGACUGUGUCGAAAAUCUUCCUAAUGAUUUGCAAAGACACGUUUCACGUCUUCGCGAAUUGGAUGCCACUUGUCAAACGUACUUGCGAGAGGUAGACCAACACCAGGAAGCACUGAGGAAUGAUAUUGAUCUAUCCGUAAGAAGAAGAGCACUUUUGAGAGUACAACAGGCACUUAUUGCCGCUCAAGAAAUUGGAGAUGAAAAAUUACAAAUAGUACAGCAGGUUCAAGAUUUGAUAGAGAAUAAAUCUAGACAACUUGACGUAGAUUAUCAUAAUCUAGAUUUUGGUAAAGAACAAGAGAAUUGUGAAUCCAAUCGUGAAUCAAAUUCAAAUAUUAAUUCCAAUUCAUCUACGAAUGCAAAUAAUGCCGAACGUUUGCCAAAACGUGCUAGAAGAACGAGAACAGAGACUUUGGUUGAAUCGGGACAUGCUAUGGAUAUGAUCGUAGUAUCUGAAACAAGAUCAAAUUCAUUAACUAAUUCAAGUAAUGGUAAUCAAAAGAAGACAACUACUGCGAAUACUGGUAAAAAGAAGAAAAGAAAGUCUAGACAAGGUAAUCAACAUAAUCAACAUAGGGAAGAUACUCCACCACCAUUGGAAGAUGAUCUUGCGAUAGAUCCAGAUGAGCCAACAUAUUGUCUAUGCGAUCAAAUUUCAUACGGAGAAAUGAUACUUUGUGAUAAUGAUUUAUGUCCAAUAGAGUGGUUCCAUUUUUCUUGUGUGUCAUUAAGUACUAAACCAAAAGGUAAAUGGUUUUGCCCAAAGUGUCGUGGAGAUCGUCCAAACGUUAUGAAACCAAAAGCACAAUUUUUGAAAGAACUUGAAAGGUACAAUAAAGAGAAAGAAGAAAAAUCGUAGCAGACAAAGUAUGGUUGAAGAUUUUUUUAAGAUUUCAAAGCAUUCGAUGUAAAACAAUAUUAUAUUUAAUUAGAAUUUCACUUUGAUCUAUGAAUUGUAUUCAUCAAAGUUUAAAUAUUCUAGGGUCUAAUUAAAAUCAAGUGAAUUGUAUUAAAUUAUGACACUGAUAAUGAAAAUGAUUAUUGUAUAUAAUAAUUACUUUAUAGUUUGACUAAACCAGUGAUAUUGGGUUACAUCCAAAGAUUAAAGCCGGCUAAACACAGAGUCUCGUAUAAAAGAAAGAAAAAAGAAAAAGAAAAAAAAAAAAAUUAGUACAUAGAAAAUAUUCAUAAUAUAACUCUAUACAUUAUUUGCAUAAGUAGUAUUAAUUACUUAAUUAUAAUAAUUCUUAAAAGCUUAAAAAGGACGAAAUGUGAAAACUUCUUAGAUCUAUAGUUACUUAAUAGGAAAUCUUUAGAUACAGAGGAUAUAUAUCAUAUAUGAAAAAUCGUUUAAGCAAACUAUCUCCAUAUUAGCGAAAUAAUAAAUGUAUAAAAAUUGCAACUUAUAAUUUUAAUAGCUUUUGUGACAUGGAAGGGAUGUUCUCAAUAGUUUUCUCCUAAAAUUGUAAUAUAAUUUAGAGUAUUUUGUUAUUUUAAACUUCUCUUAUGUAUCUUAAUAUUUAUCGAAAAUACGUUAUUUUUCUUCUUGUAUAUUAAUAAAUAAAAAUUAAUUAUAAUGUUAUGUAAAACAAAACGUAAAUGAAAUGAGCAGGAGUCUCGUAAUUUAUAUGUUCAUUGAAUUAUUUCUUAAUCGAUUAAUACAAAAUUUUACAUAAAUCUUAUAUUAGAAAUAUAAGAUCAAGUAUAAGUAACAUAAUAUAUUUCAGAAUUUAUUGAAGGAAACAAGGUUAUAUUAUAUAAAAGUUGAUUACAUUGUUAAAUUGCAUAUGAUAAAUUAUAGAAAGUGAGUUUCUUAUGGUUCUAUCUCAAAUUUAUAUUAUUCAUUUAUAAUUUUAUUAAGAUGGGAUUCAAUUAUUUGCAACGGCAAAAUAAAACAAAAGACAAAUGUAUAUAAAAUCAAAACUAAAUGUGUGAAGAUUUGUUUUCUUUUUUCUUUUUUUUUUUCUUUUUUUUUUUCAAUGACUUCAAGCAUUAAUAUUUUUGUAAUGAUUUUUAAACAAAACUCCAUUUUAAAUAUAAAUUCAAAUUUAUAUGCUUUAAAACAAUAACUCAUAAAAUUAAAAUUGAACUGAAAUAUCAUUGUGCUUGAAGUCCUUGAAAUAAAAAAUAAAAAAAAAAAAAAAAAAAAAAAAAAA